AUGGACGUCACUUCCUCAUCAGGGCCCGAGAUUCAAUCAACGUCCAAUGCGCAUUCAACGGCGCGCCCGCAGUCGCCACAGCCUGGUGCUGUCGCUGCAGCGCCACCAGCAAGGGGCACCACUCAACAACAUCGCGACGGGUCUUUUGGUUCUGGAGCCUCAGGCAGAUCAGGAACCGGUUCACAUGGGAGUGGUCAGGUAGGCAGUUCUCCAAACUACUCGGCUUCGACAUGCAGUUAUGGUCGACAGCGGCGAUAUAGACUUGAGAUUGUCUCCUUGCCAGCAUAUUGCGCUACUUCAGGUGCUGGACUUUGUUCUCCGACGCUGGUCGUUCGAUUGCAUGUUGAGCCAACCUCGCCUCGUGCUGCAGGGGAAGGGUCUGCAUCUGAUUCUGACAGUAGACAUGUGUCUGCGGGGUCAAUGGCGCAGGAGGAUGUGCCCUACCUCAUCUCAAACGUUUCUGUGUGGUCUGCCGAUGGUUCAUUGCAGUUGAUGCCAGCCCCUGCUUCUGGAGCUGCUGAUGGCACCGCCGUUAGCCAUACUUCUGGACCGCCAUUGAUGCGCGGUAGGCUCGUCGUUCACGGCCAGCUUUUGAAGGAUACACAGGGCCACGAGAAUGUUUAUUUCAUCUUCCCUAGUCUGCAAUUGACGCGACCCGGACAAUGGCGACUAGGAGUGUCUUUAUUCGGGCUCUGGCCUGGUGGAAGCGCCAUACAGGAUCGCCGGCGAUCUUCACAGAGUUCCAACGCUGAUGCAAGUACUGGUUCGUUAUUGGCGACUGUAGUGGCAUCAUUGCCCACGACUGCUUACGAUGAAGAUGAUGUCGCUGGGUUGGAGGAAGCAGCCCUUGCCAUCCGUCAAAGUCCUGGCCAUCAUGAGACGGAGGAUCUCUUGGCAGAGUUUCGCCAGCAAGGUGCAGACUUGUCCGCCUCUGAGCUAUCUAGUGAAGGGUCAGAGGAAGGCCAUUGA